GAGACUUGCUCUUCAGUGGUUUUUGUACUACUGGUUCUGGUUCUAGCCAGGUUUCUGGACUGAGACUAGUUUUGUGAACUGGUUCUGGUUUCCGAUGGAGAGUCUUCCCGCCUCCCCUGUUUCUCUGGUUUUCCUGGAGGAGACCAAGAAGAACCCAUCCAAUGGUGAUGAGUAUGUGUCCUCAGCAGCACCUAACGUCCCACAGAUGGUCGUGUUGACGAACUCCGGCGAUGGUCCAGACAAGAAAGAAGGCGUGGUCCCGGGGGUGGGGCCAGUAUACCAGGAGCGGGAGACAUGGACCCGGCAGAUGGACUUCAUCAUGUCUUGCGUUGCCUUCGCUGUAGGACUUGGAAAUGUUUGGAGGUUUCCGUACCUGUGCUAUGAGAAUGGAGGAGGUGUCUUCCUGAUUCCUUACUUGCUCUUCGUCUUCGUUGGAGGAAUCCCCGUCUUCUUCCUAGAAAUCUCUCUGGGUCAGUUCAUGAAGGCCGGCGGAAUCAACGUGUGGAACAUCGCGCCACUUUUUAAAGGUCUGGGUUACGCCUCCAUGGUCAUCGUGUUUUUCUGUAACACCUACUACAUCAUGGUGUUGGCCUGGGGCCUCUACUACCUGGUCAAGUCAUUUAGCUCCACCCUGCCCUGGUCCACCUGUGAUAACGAAUGGAACACACCCAGCUGCGUGGAGACUUUCCAGCACCAGGACUGUAAAAACCGCAGCCUCGCCAACAUCACCAUCACCGGCAACAUGACCUGUGCCCAGCUGGCAAACGCAAGCUCACCCAUCGUCGAGUUCUGGGAGAACAAGGUGCUGGACAUCUCGUCUGGUUUGGAUGAACCUGGACGUCUGAACUGGGAGAUCCUGCUGUGUUUAAUGGCCGCGUGGGUGAUUGUUUAUUUCUGUGUGUGGAAGGGAGUCAAAUCCACCGGGAAGGUGGUCUACAUCACAGCCACCUUCCCGUACCUGGCCCUCUUCAUCCUGCUGGUCAGAGGUGUGACUCUCCCUGGUGCUUAUGAUGGAAUCAUGUACUUUAUCAGUCCUGACUGGUCCAAGCUGUCCCAGGCUAAGGUGUGGAUAGACGCCGGGACACAGGUCUUCUUCUCGUACGCAAUCGGCCUUGGUGCUCUGACGGCGCUGGGAAGCUACAACCGCUUUGACAACGACUGCCACAAAGACGCCUUCAUCCUCGCCUUCGUCAACAGUGGAACCAGUUUCUUCGCUGGUUUUGUCGUCUUCUCUACUCUGGGCUUCAUGGCUGCAGAGCAGGGAGUUGAAAUCUCACAGGUGGUUAAAUCAGGUCCAGGUCUGGCCUUCAUCGCGUAUCCAAAGGCAGUCUCGCUGUUGCCCGGGUCACCGCUGUGGGCAGUGCUCUUCUUCAUCAUGCUGCUGCUGCUUGGCCUCGACAGUCAGUUUGUAGGGGUGGAAGGAUUCGUCGCAGGAAUCCUGGAUCUGUUUCCAGUACAGCAUCAGCAUCGUUAUAAGAGAGAGAUCACGCUGGUGAUCUGCUGUUUGCUCUGCCUCAUCAUUGGUAUCUCCAUGGUGACGCAGGGAGGAAUGUACGUCUUCACGUUGUUCGAUUAUUACUCUGCCAGUGGAAUGACUCUGCUGUGGCAGGCCUUUUGGGAGUGUGUGAUCGUGGCCUGGGUCUAUGGUGCUGACCGCUACAUGGACGACAUCGCUCGUAUGAUUGGGUAUCGUCCAUUCUUCUGGGUCAAGUGGUGCUGGUUGUUUGUGACUCCAUGUGUGUGUAUGAGCAUCUUCCUGUUUCAUCUGAUCACCUACAAACGUCUGACGUACAACAACGUGUACGUGUAUCCGUGGUGGGGCGAGGUGAUCGGCUGGUUACUGGCGCUGUCUUCCAUGCUCUGUAUUCCCCUCACCUUCAUCUACAAACUCUUCAGAGCCAAAGGCUCCUUCGCUGAGCGCUGGUCUUACCUGACCACACCAGUGUGGGGUGCUCAUCACCUGGAGUACAUGGCCACGCCCCUGACGCCGGGCAUCGACCAAUUGCAGAGCUCCAUCUCCAGCCGCCUCGCCCACGACAUGUCGCCGCCAUGACCUCGACCUACAGUCGACCGGUCAUCACCAUGGAGAUGAGAACAACAACAAAACAGAUCAAUGAAGCAGCUGAUCAAUGACCAAUGAUCUCACAUUUACACACAGUUUAGGCCGACGCCCACAGACUGUUCUUCUGUCAUGUGAUCAGAGUGAAAAUGAUGUCACUUCAAAUCAGUCUGAUUAUGAAUGUCCAAUUUUAUCUGAUCUGAUUGAACCUGUUCUGAUCUAACUUGAUCUAUUUAAUUCUUCAUCCUCUCAUUAACAUGUGAUAUUGUGAAUUAUGCGUAUGACGACGUGCAGAUGAGCAAAAGUCUGGAGUCAGUGUUGGAUCAGAAAAACUUUAAAUCUUCUUCUUCAAAUUCUAAUGUAAAUGAUACACAAACAUAACCAGGAAGACAACAUGCAAUAGUUACAGCCUGGUAGCAAUGUGAAAAAAGACCACUAGGGGUCUCCAUAGACCACUUAAUACUCUGCACCACUGCACCACAAUCAUCCUGUGCCUUACUGUGGUUGUUUUUUUAUUUUAUUUAAAGGCUCACAGUUAGGUACAAUUUAUAAUUGACAUGUGUAAAUGUAUUUUGAAGUCGUAUUAUUUAUGACAUAGUUACAAAUUGUUAAUAAAGGUUUUAAAGAGAGAACUUUGAUUGUUCAUCAAAUAUUUUUCUUGUUUUAGAACUUAUUUUGAGCCUUUAGAUCUUGUAAAAAACCAGUGAUAAUAUAUUGUCCCUCAUAUAUUGUAUUUGUUUGUGUGUGUGUUAGUGUGUGUAAAGUUGAACAGUCACCUUUGGCCGGACCAAUAAGAAGAGAAUUUU